AUGACUAUAUCAUUUUAGUUUGAUGUCAAAAAUAAGAGAUUAUUUUUAAAAAGGACAAGAUACCCUUAAAUUAAUGAGGAUGAUUUGUAUGUAGGUUCAACAGUUACCAUAUUUUCUCGUCAAUACAAAAUCAGUGACUAUGCAGAUGAUUUUACCAGAAAGGCAUUUGAUCAGCAGCAUCAUGUAGAGAAGACAUUCUCGAUGAUAAAACCUGAUGCCUACACUAAUAUAGGCAAAAUCAUUCAGAUAAUUGAGCAGAGUGGUUUUAAAAUAUCUAACUUAAGAAUGCUUAAACUCUCUUAGCAAGAGGCAUUUGAUUUGUAUGCCGAUAAAAGAAAUAAUCCAUUCAUCAAUGAUCUGAUUAACUUUAUAUCCUCUGAUAUGGCAGUAGGUUUAGAACUAGUAAGAGAAAACUCAAUCUCUAUAUUACAGUAAAUUAUGGGACCAAGUAAUUCACUGAUGGCAAAGAAUUAAUCACCCAAUAGCAUAAGAGGUACGUUUGGCAAAGAUAGCUUGAGGAAUGCAAUUCACGGAUCAGAAAAUCCUGAAUAAUACAAGAGAGAACAAAACUUUUUCUUUAGCAAUUAAAGGAAAACUACUGCUGUCCUUAAUAAUUGUACUUGCUGUGUAAUUAAGCCUCAUGCAAUUAGCAAUAGAUAAGUCGGCAAAAUUCUAGAUUUGAUAUUAGGAGAGGGCUUUGAAAUAUCUGCGAUGGAGAUGUUUUACCUUGACAAAUAAACAGCAGAAGAAUAUUUCGAGAUUUAUAAGGGAGUAAUGCCUGAAUACUCUUAAAUGAUUGAGCAUGUUUCUAGUGGAGGUCCUAUUAUAGCUCUAGAAAUAAGGCAAGAUAAUGCAGUUUAGUUAUUUAGAAAGUUCUGUGGUCCACAUGAUCCAGACUAAGCUCGCGAACUUAACCCGAACUCAUUGAGAGCUAAAUUUGGAAUGGACAAAAUUAGGAAUGCUAUUCAUUGUACUGACCUUGUAGAAGAUGGAGUUCUUGAAUGUGAGUAUUUCUUUAGCAUUCUUUAGCAUAGUAAGAAAUGA